AUGAUCAUUAUACUUUGUAUAACUAGUUUGGCAAUCUAUCUUGGCUAUCAUUUAUAUUGGAAACGUCGUAAUUUUCCACCUGGACCUAUUCCAUUUCCAUUAGUCGGAAAUAUUUUAUCACUUCAACUUCCGCCACCUGGUUAUGUUGCUUUGAAUAAUUGGAGAAAAAAAUAUGGAGAUGUUUAUACAUUUUGGCUUGGAAAUUCACCUUAUAUUUCUAUAAAUAGUUAUGAGAAAUUGAAGGAAACUUUUGUAAAAGAUGGUGAUACUUAUGUUGGAAAAAAGGAACAGAAAUUCCUGACUGAUUUUCGUGGAGGAAGUUAUGGAAUUGUUGAAACAAAUGGAGAAUUAUGGAGAACUCAUCGAAGAUUUGCUUUGACUAAUUUGAGAGAUUUUGGAUUGGGAAAAGAUUUGAUGCAAGAUCGAAUUUUGAUUGAAGUUGAAGAUCUUUUCAAAAAAUUUGAUGCUACUGCUGGAAGUGAAGUUGAUAUUCCUGUUGAAUUUUAUACAAGUGUCGCGAAUGUUAUAAAUCAAGCAACUUUUGGAUUUCGAUUUGAGGGAGAAGAAUAUGAAACAUUUUUGAAGCUCAAGAAACUUAUUGAUUUUCAAAAUGAAUCAAUGAAAGAUCCAAAAGUAUUUUUGCGUCUUUUUCUUCCAUUUAUAGCCAAACUUAUACCUGGACCAAAUAUGGAAAACAUGUGAGUUUUAUUUCAAUUUCUAAGUACUUCACCAUUAAUCCUUUUUAAAGGUUCGAUGAAUUCAAAACAACAUUCUUUGGAUUUUUCAACAAAAACAUCGAGAUUCAUCGAAAUAAAAUUGACUACGAUGAACAAGAAAAUAAUGAUUAUUGUGAAGCAUAUCUCAAAGAACAACGAAAACGAGAAGCUGAAGGAGAUUUCGAGACGUUUUCAAAUGUACAAUUAGCUAAUACGUGUCUAGAUUUAUGGUUCGCUGGACUUCUAACAACUACAACUACUAUUACGUGGAGUCUAGCCUAUAUUUUGAAUACUCCUGGAAUUCAAGAAAAAAUUCAUGAAGAAAUGGACAGAGUUAUUGGAAAUGAUCGAUUGAUAACAACUAGUGAUAAAAAUGAUUUGUCAUAUAUGAAUGCGGUGAUUACAGAAUCUCAAAGAUGCGCUAAUAUUUUUCCAAUCAACUUAUUCCAUGAAACUACAAGAGACACUACAAUCUACGGAUAUCCUGUUAAAGCAGGAACUGGUGUUGUUGCUCAGGUUAGCUGUGUUAUGAUGGAUGAGAAUGUGUUUCCUGAUCCAGAAAGAUUUAAUCCAGAUAGAUUUAUUGAUGAAAAUGGAAAGUUCAAAAAAAUUGAUGAAGUCUUACCAUUCUCCAUUGGAAAACGACAAUGUCUCGGAGAAGGCUUGGCUCGAAUGGAACUAUUUCUAUUUUUAGCAAACUUCUUGAAUCGAUACAAGGUAAUUCAUAAAAUUUGAAACAUGAAUCUGACAAACUUUUUUUUUAGAUUACUGUAAAAGCCGACAAAAUGCCCUCUAUUGACAAAACUUUGGAUUCAACCGUAACCCCUCGUGAUUUUUUCGGUGUUUUGGAAAAACGAUGGCUUUAA